GCGGGUGGGCGUGGCUAGCGAAGCCGGAAGUGGCCUCGCUUCGGCCGUUUCCUUGCUUCCUCUCGGGCCCAAAAGGGGGCCGCCCGUCUCGCCAUUGACUUGCAUUGAAACCUGGCUUUUCCAUGGGUCCUUAGCAGCGGUCAGUUGUCCGAGUGGAUGGGUGGCGGGCCAUGCGGCUGACGGUCCGGAGGCUCCUGGUGGUGGUGGUCCUGGUCGGGGCCUUGUUCCUCUCCGCCCACUGGCUCCUGGGGUGCCGACCCCUUGACCAGCCUUUUGUCCGGCGGCCGGAAUACGGCCGGGAGGCGCCCUUGUUGUUCAUCGGGGGCGUCCCCCGCAGCGGGGCCCGGACACUCUCGGCCCUGCUGGACCUGCCUUGUCGGCCGGAGACCCACGUGGUCCCGCGCCUGCUGGCCAUGCGCCAGGCCUGGUCCAAGUCCGCCCGCGAGAAGCUGCGCCUCGACCAGGCCGGAGUGACCGCCGAGGUGCUGGACGCCGCUCUGGCCGCCUUCGUCCUCCAAGUCCUGGCCCCGCAGGGCGACCCAGAUGAGGAGGAAGUCGUCCACGUACAGGAAGAGGGUUUCCGCACACAAGAGGAAGUCGUCCAUGUACAGGAUGAGGGUUUCCGCACGCAAGAGGAGGUCAUCCAUGUAUGGCAGCAUCAGCUCCUCUGCAACCACGACCCCUUCGCGUUGAGGUCGGCCGCCCACCUCGCUCGGAUAUUCCCCAACUCCAGGUUCAUCCUGAUGCUGCGCGAUGGUCGGGCGGUGGUGCGGUCACUGAUGUCCGGCGGGGUGAGGGUGGCCGGGUUCGACCUGCGCUCCGCCCGCGACUGCCUGUCCCAGUGGAGCCGGGCGGUGGAGGCCAUGAUGGGCCAGUGCCUGCAAGUGGGGCCCCUCCGCUGCCUCCCCCUCCGCUACGAGCACCUCCUCCGCCACCCAAGCUCCGCCCUCCGCCAGGUCGCGACCUUCCUCGGGGCCUCCGCCAGCCCCGCCCCCUUCCUCCUCCAACCACAACACCACGCCAUCCUCGCCAAGGCGGAGCCUUUGACGGACAGCUGGGCGGACUUCCUCCCGGGAGACGUAGUGCGCGACCUGGACCACAUCGCCCCCAUGCUGCGCCGCCUGGGAUACGACAAGGAUCCUCAAAGAAACACGACUGUUUUUUUCCAAUGAUUUCCAGAUGCAAAACAGAGAAACAGAAGAUAGAAAGUUUGCAAAAAAUGUAUAUAUUUUGCAAAUUUGUUUAAUCCAAGCAUAUUGCUUGUUUUCAGUGUUGUUUAUUUUGCCAAAUAUUAUUUUUUUUGUUUAUUAUUUGUUUAUUUUUAUUAUUUCUUUGUUGCCAAAAAGUAUGGAAUUUUAUUCCUCUUUAAAAAAAUCAAAUAAAAUUAAAUUUUUUUAUUAAAUUAUUAAUAAUAAUUUAAUAGAAAUAAAGAAUAGCUUUAAUGGAAAUUAAAUUAAAUUAAAUAAUUUCAUUAAAUUGUUAUUAAUAAUUUGAUAAAGAAUAGUUUUAAUGGAAAUUAAAGAAAAAAAUCAUUAAAUUAUUAUUAAUAAUGUAAUAAAAAUAGUUUUAAUGGAAAUUAAAGAAAUAAUUUUAUAAAAUGAUUACUCAUAAUUUAAUAAAGAAUAGUUUUAAUGGAAAUUAAAUUAAAGAAAUUAUUUCAUUAAAUUAUUAAUAAUAAUUUAAUAAAUAAUAAUUUUAAUGGAAAUUAAAUUAAAAAGAAAUAAUUUCAUUAAAUUAAUAAUAAUUUUAAUGGAAAUUGAAAUAAUUUCAUUAAAUUAUUAAUAAAAAUAAAGAAUAGUUUUAAUGGAAAUUAAAUUAAAGAAAUAAAGUUAUUAAAUUAUUAAUAAUAAUUUAAUAAAGAAUUGUUUUAAUGAAAAGUAAAUUCGAGAAAUCAUUUCAUUAAAUUAUUAAUAAUUUAAUAAAGAAUAGUCUUGAUUGAAAUAAAAAAUAAAAAAUUAAAGAAAUAAAUGAAUAAUUUUAUUAAAUUAAUCAUAAUAGCUAAAAAGAUAGUCCUAAUUGAAAUAAAAAUUAAAUUAAAGAAUAAUUUUAUUAAAUUUAUAAUAAGAGUUUAAUGGAUAAAAGAAUAUUACAAAUGUGUUUGGAUGGAAAUAAAAUAAUAAAAUAAUAUUAAAAUUAAAAGAGAGGAAAAAGAGAGGAAUUCAGUCCAUUUAAAAGUGUCUUAUUUCUUUAAAUUAUUAUUAUUUUCAAAGGUCAAAAUAUUACAAUAAAAAUAAUUAUUCGCUUCAUUGAAAAGUGUUUCAAUUUUUUAUUUUAAUUGUCCAAUUAAAAGAUUUUUUUAUUAUUUUCUAUUUUUGUUUGAUUUUUUAUUAUUUUGAUUUUACUAUUAGAUUUUUACAAAUAUUUUGAUUUUUUAAAUUCCAAAUUUUGCUUUGAUUUCUUUUUAUUUCUAUUGAUUUUUAAAAUUAUAUUGAUUUUAUUAUUAGAUUUUUGCAAAUAUUUUGAUUAUUUUUAAAUUCCAAAUUUUGAUUUCUUUUUAUUUCCAUUUUUUUCUAAAAAAAAAAAAUCAUUUUAUUAUUAGGUUUUAUAAUAUUUUUAUUGCACUUUUUUAGUUUUGAUUAUUUUUAUUUCACAUCUUUUAAUUUUUUUGUUAUUUUCAAUUUUACCAUUGAGUUUGAAACUUUAUUAUUUUAGUUUCACACUUGCGAAUAAAAAAUAUAUAUGUAUAUAUAGAUUUAUUUAUUAAUCCUUCAAUAAAGACUUUGUCUCCUUAAA